CAGCAGUACAGUGGCUCACAUUUGCCGGCCAUAAGGAGGAAAAGGAAGUCUCCAAACUCUUCCUGGUGGCCUGGGAGGCAAAUGCCAUGCACAGCAUGGAGGCUGGGAAGCCUUUGAUUAAAUUCAACCACUGUAAGAGAUCCAUCUACAGUUUUGGGGUGCCAAGGUGCUGCCCCCUGUGCCAGGAGGCCCUGGGCUUGGCAGAGCUGGCCAAUGCCCCAGUCAGCGCCUGCAGCCCCUUCACCAAUGGGCACCAGGAAAAGUGCUGCUUCCUCCUCAGACCGACCCAGGGCACAUUUCUCAGGGAGUAUGAUGGAAAGUCUGAUCUCCAUGUUGGAAUAACUAACACAAAUGGAGUGGUGUACAACUAUGAUGGGCGUGGUGUGCAGCGUGACAGGACAGGCUGGGAGCAGAGCCUGGCUGUGCCACUUCUACAGCCUGGUAUGCUAGGGCUGCAAGACCAGUGGGACAGGUACCUGGAGGACUUCUCAGCCCACGGGGCCUGGCUGCCGCACAGGUAUGAGGAAGACCACCACAACUGCUACAGCUACACCCUCACAUUCAUUAAUUGCAUUCUGGCCACCGAGGGCAAGGAACAACUGAACAAGAGUGAAUUCACAGAGAAAUAUGUGGUCCCAAGGACAAGGCUGGCCUCCAAGUACAUCGUGCUGUACCGGGCUAUCGAGGAGCACGGCUUCUAUGCCAUUGAACAUGGUGGCCCUGAGGCUGGUUCCCCUUAGUGGAGCCACUAUGCUGAGUGUGGGGUGUGGAGGAGGUGGUGGGACACUCUGGGUCCCUACCUGGAUCCCACACUGUGGAUUCCUAAACGCAUCUAACUGUAGCUAAAUGAAAAGUAUAUGGGCUUCUUUAGACACAUUUUACCUCGCAGUGGCCUAACAAUUCAUGAAAUAAAAGUUUC